AGAAGCAGAGUACGAUGAUUCGUGGUGCAAAAGCCGAUGCUAAGCCCAGGGGCCGCAUGACAGCGUAUGCCUAUUUUGUACAAACAUGCCGAGAAGAGCAUAAGAAAAAGCAUCCUGAUGAGACCGUUAUCUUUGCAGAGUUCUCAAGAAAGUGCGCUGAACGAUGGAAGACAAUGGUUGAUAAGGAAAAGAAACGUUUCCACGAGAUGGCAGAAAAGGACAAACAAAGAUAUGAAUUAGAAAUGCAAAAUUAUGUACCACCUAAAGGCACCGUAGUUGGACGUGGCAAGAAGAGGAAACAAAUUAAAGAUCCUAAUGCACCAAAACGUUCAUUGUCCGCAUUCUUUUGGUUUUGUAAUGAUGAACGCAAUAAAGUUAAAGCUUUAAAUCCAGAAUAUGGUGUCGGUGAUAUUGCUAAAGAACUAGGACGCAAGUGGUCCGAUGUUGAUCCCGAAGUGAAACAGAAAUAUGAAUUAAUGGCAGAGAAGGACAAAGCCCGUUAUGAAAGAGAAAUGACCGAAUAUAAGACCAGCGGGAAAAUUCCAAUGUCUGCACCUUCCAUGCAAGCUCAAGUGCAGAAGAAUGCGUUACUGGCAGCUGCAGCGCAACAACAACAGCAACAGCAGCAGCAACAACAGCAUCAUGAAGAACAUGAUGAUGAUGAUGGCGACGGGGACGAUGAUGAGAAUCAGUAGAUUUAAGUCCACAUUUUCCAGAAUUAAUAGAGAGUGUGCGUGCGAGAGUGCAUAAUUUUUAAUCAUAUAUUGUGAAAAAUACUUUAUACAAAAAUAAUCAAAUAAGUUACAUAUAUAUUUAUGUAAACAUAGUUAUAAAAUUUGCUAAAAGUUCAGUUAUAACGACGACAGAUGAAACAGGAUAAAACUCAAUAAUUUUACAUAUGUAAUUCAUCAUAAAUCACACAUGAAAUUACACAUGCACAUAUAUGACACAUAUUUUCUUUAUAAUUUUGUAAUAUAUUGUUUGAAUUAGGAUUUUUAUUUUAAUAAUAGAGAUAAAUAACGCAUAGUUAUAUCUAUAAAAAUGAAAAUAUUUUUUCGUAUUAUUUUUUUUUAUCACUUUCCUCAUAAUAAAAAAAUACAAUAAAAUAAAUAUAUUUGUUUACUUUUAAAGAAAAAAAAAAUUCAAUAUUAAAUUACAUUUAAAAAAGUUUUUACUUAGUUUUUGUUUAAUGACAAAAUCUUAAAGAAAAGACAAUUUUCUAAUGUUAUAACAUAGUGUUUUAUAUACUUUUGAGAUUAUUUGAAUAGAAAAAAUAAAUC